GUGUUAAUCUUCUACUAGAAAUCAUGCACGCUCCAGUACUCGUUCUCAAGGAUUCGUUGAAGCGCGAGUCUGGAACUAAGGUUCAUCAUGCCAACAUUCAGGCUUCUAAGGCUGUUGCUGACAUCAUUCGUACAACCUUGGGUCCCCGAUCCAUGUUAAAGAUGCUUCUUGAUGCUAGUGGAGGAAUUGUAGUUACUAAUGAUGGAAAUGCAAUUCUCCGUGAGCUUGAUAUUGCCCAUCCAGCAGCUAAGUCGAUGAUUGAGUUAAGCCGCACACAGGAUGAAGAAGUAGGAGAUGGAACAACUUCUGUCAUUGUCCUUGCUGGUGAAAUGCUUCAUGUUGCCGAAGAUUUCAUUGACAAGAAUUAUCAUCCUACAGUUAUCUGCCGAGCUUACAACAAAGCUUUGGAAGAUGCUGUUGCUGUGCUUGAUAAAAUUGCAAUGCCCAUUGAUGCUAAGGAUCGUGCGACAAUGUUAGGACUGGUUAAGAGUUGCAUAGGCACAAAGUUCACCAGUCAAUUUGGUGAUUUAAUUGCAGAUUUAGCUAUCGAUGCCACCACAACAGUUGGUGUUGAUCUUGGCCAAGGGUUGAGGGAUGUGGAUAUUAAGAAGUACAUUAAAGUUGAGAAGGUCCCUGGUGGUCAGUUGGAAGAUUCUAGGGUUCUUAAAGGAGUUAUGUUUAAUAAAGAUGUUGUUGCCCCGGGCAAAAUGAGAAGAAAGAUUGUCAACCCUCGUAUUAUACUUCUUGAUUCUCCCCUCGAAUACAAGAAAGGGGAAAACCAAACAAAUGCUGAGUUGGUUAAGGAAGAAGAUUGGGCAGUCCUCUUGAAAAUAGAAGAGGAAUAUAUUGAAAACCUCUGCAUGCAGAUACUGAAGUUCAAACCAGACUUGGUAAUUACAGAAAAGGGGCUAAGUGAUCUGGCAUGCCAUUAUCUGAGCAAGGCUGGUGUUAGUGCAAUCAGGAGGUUAAGGAAGACAGACAAUAACCGAAUUGCCAAAGCUUGUGGUGCUGUUAUUGUGAACAGACCAGAUGAAUUGCAGGAGUCUGAUGUUGGUACUGGGGCCGGCUUAUUUGAGGUUAAGAAAAUUGGAGAUGAAUUCUUUGCGUUCAUUGUAAAUUGCAAAGAUCCAAAGGCUUGUACUGUUCUUUUAAGGGGUGCCAGUAAGGAUCUCCUGAACGAAGUGGAAAGAAAUCUGCAGGAUGCUAUGUCUGUGGCAAGAAAUAUAAUCAAGAAUCCAAAACUUGUUCCUGGUGGUGGGGCUACAGAGUUAACAGUAUCAGCCACUUUGAAGCAAAAGAGUUCAUCAAUUGAAGGAAUUGAAAAGUGGCCUUACGAAGCUGCUGCGAUUGCCUUUGAGGCUAUACCACGGACAUUGGCACAGAAUUGUGGGGUUAAUGUGAUUCGGACCAUGACUGCCUUGCAAGGAAAGCAUGCAAAUGGUGAAAACGCCUGGGUUGGCAUAGAUGGAAACACCGGUGCAAUUACUGACAUGAAAGAGCAAAAGAUCUGGGAUGCAUACAAUGUGAAAGCACAAACCUUUAAAACAGCAAUUGAAGCUGCCUGCAUGCUUUUGAGGAUUGAUGACAUUGUAAGUGGGAUUAAGAAGAAGCAGGCCCCUGGCACAGGCCAAGCACCAUCAAAACCCAAAAUUGAGACAGAAGCAGAUGCAGACGGUGAGCAAAUACUUCCUGACUAAAGCUGUUGAACAGUUUGGCUGACUUGGUGGUUAAAGUAUUUGACAAAAUGCUGGUUUGUUGUUUUGUCGGCUGUCCAAGGUUUGGUUGAUUACAUUGUUUUUCUUUUCCAAAAUUUUGAGGCCUUGGCUGUGAUUGCUGUUGUUUUAGUGAUUG